UUGAAGCACCUUCAAUGUCACGUUUGUUGUGUGGAAAAGAGCUCAAUGUCUGACCGUUAAUAAACGUAUCAAACAUGUAUAAAUUCAAUUGUAUAUUAGCUAAUUCUGUGAGUAACGUAUGUCGACAGCUGGCUGCAAGUCUGAAUGCAAAUGGAAGCUCUCUAUGUGGAAGCAGCGGCCUGCAACGAACAUUAUGUAGCAGUGCUGCCCGACUUCAGCAGAGCGCAGCAUCCGCCACCGACUCUGCGAAAACUUCCAAAGACUUCAGCCAUUUUCCUCCACUGCCUGGUCAGGACAGUUCACUGAGCUGGGGUGGAAAGAAGUUUGAUGAGUUACCAAUCCUUCACAUUAAAGCCACAUACAACAACACACACAUCCAGCUGACAGACAGCGCGGGACAGUCGAUGGUCAGGACAUCCUGCGGAACAGAAGGCUUCAAGAACAUCAAGAAGUCGACACCCAUCGCUGCUCAGACUGCAGGCAUCUCUGCUGCAAAGAAAGCCACAGCAAAGGGAGUCACGUUUGUUCGUGUCGUGGUCAAAGGUCUUGGUCCUGGACGUUUGUCUGCAAUCAAAGGCUUGACAAUGGGAGGCCUGGAGGUGGUAUCAAUCACCGACGGCACCCCUGUGCCACACAAUGGAUGCCGCCCGCGUAAAGCCAGAAGGACGUGAUCUCCACAAACCAGAAUGCACUGCAGUAGGAAGCUGUUGUGUUGUAAUAUGUUAAUAAAGUGUUUUGUUGUGUAA